AGGGCGGAAAAUAACACGGAAGUAAGAGAGAAACGAAAAUAAGACACGUCGAUCUGUGGCACUGAAACGGCUGUGCAGCAUAGAACUCUGAAUGGAGAAGGACGACGGUGUGGUUGUAGCCAAAGAGAGAUACGGUAGCGCAGAGGUCUGGAAGUAUUUAGCCAAAGAUGGAGCGGUCGAGAGGAGGAGAGAUGACACUGAAGGCGACACAAGAAGAGGAAACUCUAUUGUUGGAGUUUUUAAAAGUGUGUUCCUGCCUCAAGGUUUUCCAGAGAGCGUCAGCGGUGACUACCUGCAGUACCAGUUCUGGGACACUUUGCAGGCUUUCUCCAGCUCUCUGUCAGGGACUCUGGCCACUCAGGCUUCUCUCAGAGGAGUCGGAGUAGGAAAUCAAGAAGCCACAGUGGCUGCAGCCACAGUUACCUGGUUAUUAAGAGAUGGAACAGGCAUGUUGGGGAGAAUCCUCUUUGCUUGGCAUAAAGGGAGUAAACUCGAUUCUGAGGCCAAAAAAUGGAGGCUUUUUGCUGAUGUUCUCAAUGACUUUGCCAUGUUCAUGGAGAUACUGGCCCCAUACUUUCCUGCUUGCUUCACCGUGAUUGUGUGCACUGCAGGGAUAUUCAAGUCCAUUGUUGGAGUGGCAGGUGGAGCAACCAGAGCUGCACUGACUGUUCACCAGGCUCGCCGAGACAACAUGGCUGACAUCUCCGCUAAAGAUGGCAGUCAGGUGCUUUUUUUAUCCAUAGUUGGUAUUUUUGGUUUGUUUUUUUAUCUCGCGUCGCCCGGGCCGCUCACAGGGUGUGAUUUGUUUCAUGAAGGCAACAUCAACACCGAGCUGGUGAAGCGAGGAGACUGCAAACAGGUCGCGGCGUAUGAGUGA